ACCAUUUUUCAGGGACCACCAGGAGGAGGAUAUGGGGCACAGCCUCAGCCAGGAUAUGGGGCUCCCCCAGGACCAGGGUAUGGGGCUCCAGGAUUUGGAGGUCAGCCCCCACCCCCGGCUGGAUUUGGAGCUGGAGGUUUUGUUGGUCAGCCUCAGAUUGACCCCCAGGUCCAGCAGUGGUUUAUGACCGUAGACUCUGACCGCAGUGGACGCAUCACUGCACACGAGUUACAGCAGGCUCUGGUGAAUGCCAACUGGUCACACUUCAACCCAGAAACCUGUAGAUUAAUGAUGGGUUUGUUUGACAAAGAUAUGAGUGGCCAAAUUGAACUUCAUGAAUUCCAAGCCUUAUGGAAUUAUAUACAACAAUGGAAAGGAGUUUUUGAACAGUUUGAUCAAAACAGAUCUGGAGCCAUAGACUUUAAUGAAUUGUGUAAUGCCUACAGACAAAUGGGAUACAACCUAAGCCCCCAGUUUGCUCAGACAGUCGUUGCCAAGUUUGACAUCAUGGGUCGCAGGAGCCUAACGCUGGAUAACUUCAUUCAGUCCUGUGUCAUGUUGAAGUCGCUGACUGAUGCCUUCAGAUCCCGGGAUCCCUCGGGAACGGGAACAGUCAGGAUGGGAUACGAGGACUUUAUGACUUUAGCUGUUUUUAACAAAGUAUAGAUAAAAACUAAGGUGUAGGAAUUUACUCUUAUUAUUAUUAACCAAAUAUUUAUGAUAAUUAAUUUGUUUCCUUCAAAAUCUGUUAUUCCGCUUUUUGUUGAAGUUUCCCU